GGUUGUUUCUACCGUGGCAUGCAGAGUCGUACCUGCUGAAGCACAGCUGUGUUAGUGUCACUUGUCUGGUUUGCAGAAGCUGUUCCUUCGCAGCCAUUUCACCAGACAGACAGCUACACAGACACACGCAUUCUUCCAUUCAUUCAUACAUCCAUUUCUAUCGUAAACAUGGGUCUGAGAACCCAGUUCCGUGGUUUCCGAGCGAAGAGAAAGGCAAAAAAGGCAAAAAAUGCUCCUCAAGGCCAUGACGUCGUCCCAUUGAUCCCUCACGCCGAGUCAUCCAAUGCUGAACUCUCCUCAUCAAACGCUCAAGCCUCGUCCUCUGGCCCUCAAGUCUCACUUUCGAAGCCUCAAGUCUUGAUUUCGGAGCCUCAAGUCUCAUCUUCGAAGCCUCAAGUCUCAAUUUCGAAGCCGCAAGACUCGACGUCGAACCCUCAAGCAUCGUCGUCGCACCCUCCAGCCUUGUCGUCGCACCCUCCAGCCUUGUCCUCGCACCCUCCAGCCUUGUCGUCGCAUCCUCAAGCCUUGUCAUCGCACCCUCAAGCCUCGCCGGUGGACCCUCAAGCUCCAGGUCAAGCCCCAGAUAGUGGCCUCGACACAUGGAGCCGCGAUAUAGAUAUUCUCCUCAGGCUCUCGGAGGUGGCCGAACCUCGAUAUCAAGAGGCACGCAAGGCCUUUCUCGACACAACAGACCCAAAAGACUUGGAAAAUAUAGUAGAAACCCUAUGGCGGCGCUCUCUCAGUCCUGAGUGCAGACAGGACGCAUUGCGCAGGCUCCUGGGGCGUGAUUAUGAGAAAGUUAUGGGACAUAAGCCGGAUGACACUUCGUCUCCGGCACGCAGGGAUGGGAGAGACCUGGAUAAAGCGUAUUUAGAUUCUCUGAUGAAUAAGGCCGAUAACCAGCUCAAAUUGAUCGUUAUGACGAGUAUUCUGGAUGAUGUAAUCCAAAUGAGGCGAAGCGAUCUAAGCAGAGGUAAGUGGUCUGGCCUCUUCAUUCAUUCAUUAUUGAUCUCUGUCGCAGGGAGGGCGGCAACGCCGAGUGGCUCACAAGUCCAUGGCCGCGACAGACGCGUGGGCAGGAGUUCGAUGGAGAUUACGCCCAUUCCGAGCGAUGCCCCACCAGAGACUCGAGUAAACAAUGGAGCGUCCGAAACCUCAGCAUCGCAAUCAGCGAGACAGACGCAGCUUGAAAUGAGGACCGCAAUGGCCGAGGCAAGAUUUACAUCACGUGUUUGAUGUAGGCGGUUAACCGAACAUUACGGACCACGGAUGAAGGUUUCAUUGUCGAUUUCUAGAGAAUCAGUUCAG